CUUACCUGGCACACAUUGACGCCCCUAUAUAAGCGCUUGACGCUUCUAGCGCUCCUAGCGACCAACAAACUUUUAGCGACUGGCGAAGCCGCUCACUUCAGCGCUCGGUGCAGGAUGCAGACUUGCAUGUCUCCUCCCGGCACUAGCCGAUCAGCGGCGCUGCCUCAGCGGACGGCAGCGCCCAACGCGGCGCGGCUGGGUGUCACUCAGAACGGCCUCGCAAGCCCCAGCGGACGCGGUGCUCGAUGCGUUCCUCGCGCGGGCGACGGUCGCCUGAGCGACGUGCAGCGUGACCUCCUUGCAGAGAUCGAGGCACGUCGCAAGAAUCAAGCUCAGCUCCUUGAGAAACUUAACCGCUUGGCCGCUGAAACGGCCGCGCGCACCGCUGCCACGCCCGCUUCGGCUGCUCCCCCAGCCCCGCCUGCAGCGGCCAUGCCGGCCCCCGCUCCCGAGGUGCAGGUCGCUGUCCCCAUGUCCGUGCCCAUGCCGGCAAUGGCCUCAGUGGCCUCGUCCCCGUCCUCGGCGUGGAAGUCCGUGCCUGUCUCGCAGCCGGUCCGCACUGCUCCCCCGCCUCCGCCACCCACCCCGUCGGUGCCCAUCUUCGAGCUGUCCCUGCCGCUGGAGUCGGAGAUGUACAUUGAACCGGCUGCGCCGGUGGCGGAGGCGCCCGAGGCGGAGGAGGAGGAGCCACCGGCCGUGGAGAAGCCGCCGCCGCUGGCCGGACCUAACGUUAUGAACGUGGUCAUGGUGGGAGCCGAGUGCGCGCCCUGGUCCAAGACUGGCGGCCUGGGUGACGUGAUGGCGGCGCUGCCCAAGGCGCUGGUCCGCCGCGGCCACCGCGUGAUGGUGGUGGUGCCCCGGUAUGAGAACUACGACAACGCCUGGGAGACAGGCAUCCGCAAAAUCUACUCGGUCUUCAACUCCAACCAAGAGGUGGGCUACUUCCACGCAUUUGUGGACGGCGUGGACUACGUGUUUGUGGACCACCCCACGUUCCACGGCCGGGGGAAGAACAUCUACGGCGGCGAGCGCCAGGAGAUUCUGUUUCGCUGCGCGCUGCUGUGCAAGGCGGCGCUGGAGGCUGUCUGGCACGUGCCGUGCGGCGGCAUCACCUAUGGCGAUGACAACCUGUGCUUCAUCGCCAACGACUGGCACACGGCGUUGCUGCCCGUGUACCUGCAGGCGCACUACCGUGACUACGGCAAGAUGACGUACGCGCGCUGCGCCUUCGUCAUCCACAACAUGGCGCACCAGGGCCGCGGCCCCUUUGUGGAGAGCGAGCACCUGGAGCUGAACGAGGAGUACCGCGAGCGCUUCCGCCUGUACGACCCCAUUGGCGGCGAGCACAUGAACGUGAUGAAGGCUGGCCUGGAGUGCGCCCACCGCCUGGUGGCUGUGUCCAAUGGCUACGCCUGGGAGUGCCAGACCGUGGAGGGCGGCUGGGGGCUGCACGAGGUGAUCAAGGUGAACAACUGGAAGCUGCGCGGCAUUGUGAACGGCAUCGACUACAAGGAGUGGAACCCCAUCUGUGACGAGUUCCUCACGACGGACGGCUACGCGCACUACGACGUGGACACGCUGGCUGAGGGCAAGGCCAAGUGCAAGGCGGCGCUGCAGAAGGAGCUGGGCCUGCCGGUGGACCCGGACGCCCCGAUGCUGGGCUUCAUCGGGCGGCUGGACUACCAGAAGGGCGUGGACCUCAUCCGCGACAACUACGACUACAUCAUGGGCGAGAAGUGCCAGCUGGUGAUGCUGGGCAGCGGGCGGCAGGACCUGGAGGACGCGCUGCGGGACAUGGAGAACAGGAACAAGAACCAGUGCCGCGGCUGGGUGGGCUUUUCCAACAAGAUGGCGCACCGCAUCACCGCCGCCGCCGACAUCCUGCUCAUGCCCUCGCGCUUUGAGCCGUGCGGCUUGAACCAGCUGUACGCCAUGGCUUACGGCACCGUGCCCAUCGUGCACUCUGUGGGCGGCCUGCGCGACACCGUCAAGCAGUACAGCCCCUUUGAGAACGUGGGCACCGGCUGGGUGUUUGAGCGCGCCGAGGCGAACAAGCUGCGCGAGAGCAUUAACAACGCUCUGUACACCUACCGCCAGUUCCGUGACUCGUUCCGCGGUAUCCAGCGCCGCGGCAUGGAGCAGGACCUGACCUGGGACAACGCCGCCUCCAUCUAUGAGGAGGUGCUGGUGGCCGCCAAGUACCAGUGGUAGAUGCGAUAUGCAGGCGGGGACGCACUGUGACAUACGCUUGUGAUGUGUUGUGCAUGUGUGUGCAUGAGACCGCGCUGUUUGUGGGUGUUGGGAGGUCCUGCAGCCUUGCCUUGCAAGCCUGGUGCCGAGCUGCGGCUGUAAGAGCCCGCGAGGGGAGUGGUUAGGGCGUGUGGGCUUGAAGGUGGUGCGCCCAAGGGUGCGCCUGCUAGACUCUAGAGAAGAAUGUGUAGCUGUUGACAGAUACGGUAGAUCAUGGGUGUGGUUACAUUUGGUGGGACAGUGCUUGCCGGGCAACAUGGCGGUGCCUGCGGAUGUUAAAAUGCGUCGUGGAGUGGGUGCCGCCCCGGCUGCUGUGUCAUUUUAGGGCUCCACAUCUAGGCCGGCUUCAGUGCCCGGCAAGAGCGUGUGUGCACGUUUGUGUAUGAUGUGUUUGGGAAGGCCACUUUUGUGGAGGGGCUCAGCCCCUUUUCCCGUGACCGGGGAACACUUGUCCCGUGGUUAUGCGCGGCGCGGAUACCUUCCGCAGAGAGAAUGCGAGUCUGGGCAUGCACUGCAGCGGCUCACCCACGCAGCGUUGAGAGCCGAGCGCAUUUGCUUGUUGCGCUGAGAGAAAAUAAUGCUGUCAGCUGUGAUGAAGGGCUGCCAGGGUAGCAAGGCUACCUCAGGUAGAAUGGGCUGAGUGAUUUGUUUUCAGGUACCGAUAAUUAUAUUCAGCCGCACGGGUGACGGAAUGCUGCACGUCGGCACCUAUACGUCAUGUGAUGGUUUUUUUUGGCCAACCCGUGUUUUUUGAUGGCGUGGAUAGGCUUGAGUUGUGAUGCAGCUGAUUUCCCUGACACCUGGGACGGUCCUUUGUUAGACUACCCUUGUUGGUAAACUUGCAAUUAUUUGAAGGGCCUUGCAUAAUCAGCCCUUUUCCUGCCAUAAGGCAGCCACCUCCUUGUUGAAGGGCCUUGCGUAAUUUUGUUCUUUUGCACAGUGCGGGGACGUGGAACGCAUGUCACGCGCUGCAGGCAGCAAGUCGUACAUUUGCCGGCGCGGCUUACCCGUGGCCAAAUGCACCCUCUGUGCUGUAACUCUCUGAUGAGCCCGCUUAACCACCAGCACUUCAGUGCGCAGAAACGUUGAGCGGGAUGUGGGGAGAAGCGGCUGCACUUGAGAAGCGGCCAGGGCUGGACUGGAUAAGAUUGCAUUAGUUACAAGAGGGACCUGCUGACGCAGCUCACGAGCCAGAUAAGGGCUGUCUCCACGGAUAAGGGCUGUCUCCACGUUGCUGAUUGCAAGCCGAGCCAACUGCACAUGGGCCAGCAUGAAGGAGCCCUAAAUGUCGUGGUUCCAGUAUUGAUGAGGGAAUCUUCGUCUCGUCCCCUUUAACUUGUUUAAGUUCGCCAGCUGUGUGAGGGGAGCAGCCGCAAGGUAAGCACCGCUUGCAGUGCCCUCCACGGGUGCGACAUGCCCCCAUGGUAUAAGGCCAUUCGUGGCUCUCGCCAACGCCGCGUCCCCACACGCCGAAGCAAUGUUUUGAGUUUGCGCCUAGGACAGACGGCCACUCAGGACACUGUAUUGGGGCUCGCGCUGAGAAAGGAUCAACCCAUCUAGCUCCAUUUGUCAACGGACCUAAGCCGGACGGCUUGGGAGGACAGGCGCAACCGCGCAACCUGUACUCCAGACU